UGAAAUUUUUCGUGAAAUAAAAAUUUCGAUACAAUUUUUUCUAAAUUCAAAGAUACAUUUUGAGAAAAAAAUUGAUGCAGUGAAUGUGUUGCUACAACAAGUUCCCAAGUUUCGACCAUGGCCAAGGCAACGACAAUCAAAGAAGCGAUUACCAGAUUUGAGGAGGCAGAGAAAUGUAAAGCAAAUGAUUCAAAGAAGGUAAUGCUGUAUGGACAGAUUCCUCCCAUAGAAAAGAUGGAUGCAUCACUGUCAACACUUGGUAACUGCGAACAACUUGCUCUCUCUACAAAUGUUAUAGAAAAGAUUGCAAACCUGAAUGGUUUGAAAAAUUUGAAAAUCCUGUCAUUGGCUAGGAACAGUAUCAAAUCAUUAACAGGUUUGGAAGCAGUAGGAGAUACCCUGGAAGAGUUGUGGAUUUCAUACAACAACAUAGAGAAGCUGAAAGGGAUAAAUGUUCUCAAGAAAUUGAAGGUUCUCUACAUCAGACAGAACAAUGUUAAAGAUAUGGGAGAAUUUAUGAAACUGGCAGAUUUGCCCUGUAUGAUAGAGCUGGGAUUUAUUGGCAACCCUCUAGGAGAUUCUCUGUCAGAGGCAAGUCAAGAAAAUUACACAGACACCAUUACAAAGAAACUACCAAAGUUGAAACGUCUGGAUGGCUUCACAGUUAUCCGCGAGGAGCAGGAGGAGGAAGAUUAGACAUUGUGACUUGUAUAUUAAUACUCAAAUACACUGUGCCUAAUGUCACCUGACGCUAAUUCUGCUGUGCCAUUGGACAUAUCAGUUUCAUUGCAUUUGGAAAAACACAAUUAUAGUUUCUGAAGAUGACUGAACAAAAUUUUGUUAAGUUUUCAAAACCUGAACACCUUUGGAUCAUUCUUUAUUUUUAACAGUAUAGACUUGAUUUAACCUGGAUUUUUCAAAGCAUCGUGGUUAGUGAGAAAAUUCAGCCAGUAUCAGGGUCAUGUGUUUUAUUUUUUGCUGAACUCAUUUGAAACAAAUGUACAUCAAGCAAGUUUUCAUAAUGGGAGUAUGGGAAAAUCACAACUACGAUGUUAUUUUUACAUGUACCGGUAGACAGCAUCCUACAAUGUAAUUUAAGCUAUACUGUUUUAAAAAAAAAAAAAAUCCUGUCACAUAGUGAAAUGAAAUUUAAAGGGCCAGUUUUUGGGGAUUUUUAAGAGAAACUUUUAGUUCAAGCUGAUUGUAUGACAUUGUUUGGAAUUACUUUUUAAGCAAAUAUUUCUGUUACUGUAUUUGAUUCUUCAAAUGAUAGCAAAUCGCUAAUUUUAUCAGAUUCGGCUAAAAUACUGAUUUACAUUAAUUUGUAAGAUGUUUUACUUUUUUGUAUGCCAGACCAAGGUCCUGUCCUAGUUUUCAGGUGUAACAGAUGUGCAGAACAACCUUAAAAAUAGUGAUAUCUACCUUGAAACAUUCCAGUUUUCAUUCCUUUUGAUUAUACUGCGCUUUUAAAAGUAAAAAAGAUAAAAACAAGGAGUAAAUAGUAUAAGUUUGUUUCAGUAGAAUUUGUUUUAAUCAUCAGUGGAUUCAGUUUCGUUGUAAUAAAGUAUGUUUAUUUUA